AUGCAUUGGCUUAAAGAGGCUGAUUUAAAUACAAAGUUAUUUCAUUUAUCGGCAACGACAAGAAGCAAGUUCAAGAGUAUUAACAUGAUAUUAAAUGAAGAUAAUCAAGGUGUUAAUGACCAAGUAAGACUUUGCGAUGUUGCCAAGAUAUAUUUCAAUAAGUUACUUGCAGCAAAAGAGGGAGUUUAUGAUGCAGUUAUGACUCACAUUCAACUGAAGAUUAACAUGGAAGAUAAUACAAAGCUACUGGCUCCAUUUACAAAGGCAGAGUUGUACGAAGCCAUGAAGCAUAUGCAUCAGGACAAGUCAUCGAGGUUGGAUGGUUUUAAUCCCACAUUUUAUCAUAAUUUUUGGGAAGUGUGUGGAGAUGAUUUGAUGACAACAACAACAAGGUAG